AUGGCGGUGGAGUACACCGCAGCGUUUUUUGGCGCUGUUGUGCCAUCUCUUGGGAAGCUGCUCAAGUACGAGUUGUACCUGGAGAAGACCGUGAAGGGUGGGUUUACAAGCCUUCAGGCGGAGCUGAAGGGCAUGAAAAUUUUCCUUGAGGACGUCUCCAGCCUGGCGCCGGACCUCGAGCUUGACAGGCAUAUGAAGCUCCUGGCUGACGAGGUCAGGGAGCUAUCGCGUGACAUCGACACAAGUCUCCACUCCUUCAUGGCGCGCAUCGAUUCGAGCAAGGGCAAGCAUCCUCAUGUCCCGAUCGAGCAGUAUGUUAACCAUGAGGUAGACAAGUACAUCAAAGAAACGCGAAUCAAGGUCAAGGAGGUGCGUGACCGCCAUGGCACGUAUCCUAGCAAGAGUUCCCUAGAAAGUUCUUCCACUCGGCAAGUUGACCCUCGUAUCCUUGCCAUGUACAAGAAGGAAUCUAGCCCUGUUGGCAUAGCCGGGGCAAUAGCCAAUCUAACCGACAAGCUGUCGAAGAGUGAUCGUGUCUCCAUUGUCGGGAUGGCGGGCAUGGGCAAGACCACCCUUGCUCGAGCAAUUUACGAUGACAUGAUCGAGGGGUUUAAUUGCAAGGCUUUUGUCCCCAUCGGUCAGAGAGUUGUCCCAGAGAAGGUUCUGAGGAACAUCUUCUAUGGACUUCGAAUAGAGAUUUAUGGUGAGGGGCUAAACCAUCAACAGCUUGCUGACCAGCUGCAAGAUUCCCUGAAGAAUAAGAGGUUCUUAAUUGUCAUUGAUGAUCUAUGGGAUGAGGAAACGUGGGCCUUGAUUAAUUAUGCUUGCGUGGGUACAGCUGGAAGUAAAAUCAUCACCACAAGUCGUAACCGCAAAAUUCUCAAAGGAGUUGCUGAUGACAGCGUUUACAACAUAAAACCACUUUCCACAGACGACUCAAAAAAGUUACUCUGUACCAAAAUAUUUGGUACUGAAGAUAAAAUCCACGAUACUGAUUUUGAAAAACUGCCCAGUAAUUUAUUUAAUAAAUGUGGAGGUGUGCCAAUAGCUAUCACUUUGGUAGGUAGCUUGCUCGCUAAAACUGAAAGCAAGGAGUGGCAUAGGGUGUAUAAGUCCAUUGGUUUCGAUGAGCACAAGGAGGACAAGGUUUUCGAGAACGUGAGGAAGGUGAUGCACUAUAGCUAUACUGAUCUGCCCAGUCAUCUAAGGGGAUGUUUUUUGUACCUAAGCCUGUUCCCAGAAGGGCACUGGAUCGAGAAGAAUUUGCUGAUAUGGAGGUGGGUGGCAGAAGGCCUUGUUCCUGAUGGAUCAUUUGAGACUGGGGAGAAGUAUUUAAACAAUCUAAUAGACAGGAGUAUGAUCCAGUUGGCGGUGAGCCCUCGUGACCUCGGCCAAGGUGGUUAUCUUGUCCACAGUUUGAUGGUUGAACUCAUCCGCAACCUCUCAAGCAGCGAGAAAGAGAACUUCUCCACCGUGUUAGGCAUGAGGCAGGAGAGCACAUUUGCAACCGGACCCAUUCAUAGAUUAGCCAUCCACGGAACAAUCGUGGGUCAAAAUCAAAACACUAGCCUGGAAGUAGGGGACGUGUUGUCAUUUUAUGCCAGCACGUGUUCCAGUAGUAGCUUUCCCCCACUCUCAGAGUUUGCACACUUGCGUGUAAUAGAUCUAGAGGGCCGUGAUUUAAUCGUUGGAGAUUGCAAACUGAAGCACCUCGGUAAAUUAAAAGGGCUGAAGUAUGUCAGGCUUGCUGGCACACCCGUAGCUGAGCUACCGAAGAAGAUAAGACACCUCAAGCUCCUACAGACACUUGACGUGACGGAGACUGGCGUCACAGAAUUGCCGUCAUUUGUCGAAGAGCUAACGAAGCUGAGGUGCCUGCGUGCUGGCAAGGGCACGAGGCUGAUGGGUCGGAUAGGAGUUCUGGCGUCCCUGGAAGAGCUGUGGCUGCACUCGGCGGACAAGUCCCCGGACUUCGCUGCCGGGCUCCGAAAGCUGACGAACCUAAGGGUGCUGAUAAUCCACUUCGAUGAGAUGGAUGAGGGCAUGCAGAAGGUUCUGGUAGAAUCCCUGUGCCGUCUGGAGAAGCUCCAGGUCCUGCAGAUCUGGUUCGACACAAAGGGAAAGGCACGCCUCGGAGGCUGGGAAGGCAGCGUGCCAAACCCGGAGCUCCACCAGCUGCUGCUGUUCGGGGUUAUCCUAUCCAGGCAGACACCGUGGAUCCACCACUUGGGUGCCCGGAAACUCUCCAAGCUACUGCUGCAGGUGGAGACCCUGACGGCGCAACACUUAGAUAUCCUCGGGCAGAUGCCGUCGCUCCGCUCGCUCUACCUCCACAGCGAGGAGGACACGUACCGGCUAUCAUACACCGCCAACAAGAAUGAGUUCCAGGUGUUGCAAUACGUCAACACGAACAUAGAGCUGAUAUGCGGGGACGGGGGGCUGCCAAUGAUCCAGGAGCUGGAGGUUGGCGGCAUCAGGGCAGGAAGGGACGUUGGCCUGUGGGGGAACAUGCCUCUACUCGAGAGGGCCACCUACCACCUCGACUGCCACGGCUGCCUCCCCCUCCGGGUGCAGAAGGCAGAGGAAAAGCUAAAGCAGGCUAGCCAAGCCCACCACAACCGCCCCAACAUUUCCAUAAGGAGAUGGAACAACGUAUGUUCUUGCAACUUGCAUCGCUCAUGUCUCUCCUUUCACAUAAACUGA